CCCUCGUCCCUCUGACAACAUCCCGCCAACGAGGCAUUGCCCUGCCUGCCUCUUCUGUUUGCAACGCGACCAUCAUUCAUGCUGGUGCUCGCUGCCUUCGACUCCUUCAAUCACCGACAAGACACUUUUGCUUCAACCACGAGGCACACAACACAACCAUGGCGGCAGUAACAGUUGUCGUCAAGCAUCAGGGCAAAAAGUACGACGUCGAGGUCGACUCUGGCUCAACCGGAGAAGACUUCAAGCUGCAGCUCUUCAGCCUCACCAAUGUCGAGCCCGAACGACAAAAGAUCCUCAUCAAAGGCGGUCAGCUCAAGGACGAUGCCGACAUGGGCAAGCUCGGCCUCAAGGCCGGACAGGUCAUCAUGAUGAUGGGCAGCCCUGGCUCCGGCUCCGGCUCCUCUCAGCUCGUCCGUCCCAAGGACCAGGUCAAAUUCGUCGAGGACAUGACCGAGGCAGAGCAGGCUCAGCAGAUCGGCGCUCUUCCGGCCGGCCUUGUCAACCUCGGCAACACCUGCUACCUGAACUCGACGCUGCAGACCCUGCGUUCCAUCCCCGAACUUCAAUCCGCCUUGAGCCAAUACACGCCGAGCUCAAGCGGCUUCACCAUGUUGCAGACGGACCUGGCAGCCCAGCUGUCGGGAUUGUACACCAAGAUGAGCCAGACGCAGGAGGCCUUUCCGCCCAUGAACUUUCUCGGCAGCCUGCGGCAGGUCUUCCCGCAGUUCGCCGAGAAGGCCAAAUCCAACAACGGCUACGCUCAGCAAGACGCCGAGGAGGCGUGGUCGCAGAUUGUCCAGCAGCUGAACCAGAAGCUCAAUGUCAAGGAUGCCGCCGACACACCCAACCAGUCGUUUGUCGACAAGUACAUGUCAGGCGAGUUCACCUCGCUGAUGGAGUGUGAUGAGGAGGAGGCUCGCAACGGUGGUGAAAGGGCUGUGGAGUCCAAGGACCCCUUCUACAAGCUCAACUGCCAUAUCGACGGCUCCACAAACCACCUCAGAGACGGCAUCCUGGCAGCGCUGAGCGCGAAGAUGGAGAAGAAGUCGGAGGUGCUCGGCCGGGACGCCAUGUACACCAAGACGUCCAAGAUUUCGCGGUCGCCCAAGUACCUGACGGUGCACUUUGUAAGGUUCUUCUGGAAGCGAGAAACGCAGAAGAAGGCCAAGAUUAUGCGCAAGGUCACGUUCCCGCAGGAGCUGGACAUUGUCGAGUUUUGCUCCGAUGACCUCAAGAGGGCGUUGAUACCGGUGCGCGACAAAGUACGUGAGAUCAGGAAGGACGAGGAGGACAUUGAGCGCGCUCGCAAGCGCCGCAAGAAGAACCACGAGCAAGACCUAGACGACAUCCCCGGUGGAGCCGGACUGCCGUCGGAGAAGGAGAAGAGGGAAAAGGAGGAGAAGGGAAAGAAGAAGGCAGAAGCAAACAAGAAGGGCGGAGAGAAAUCGGCGGACGCCGACACGGCCAUGGGCGAGACGUACAAGACAGACGCCGAGAUUGACGCAGAAAGGGACGCGGCGCUGCUGGCGGCCAAGAAGGAACUCAACGCCGUGAUCGACCCGGAGUUGCGCAAGGACGACGGCGCCAACCAGUCAGGCCUGUACGAGCUACGCGGCGUGGUGACGCACCAGGGCGCGAGCGCCGACAGCGGCCACUACACGGCCUACGUCAAGAAGUCGGCGCAGGUGGACCCCAAGACGGGCAAGAAGGGCGAAGAGGACGGCAAGUGGUGGUGGUUCAACGACGACAAGGUGUCCGAGGUCACAGUUGACAAGGUGGAGGCGCUGGCGGGCGGCGGCGAGUCGCACUCGGCGCUGAUUUUGCUUUACAGGGCCAUUCCGCUUCCAGGCUCAGACGGCACAAUGGAGUAGGGAGUCGUGGCAUUGGAUUUGAGAAAAGUGAGUCGCGUCAGGACUGUCUAAGAAGUCAGUAGAGCAGGACGGUUUGAGGGCUGAGUUGAGCAGGACUGUUUGAGGAAGAGUUGAGUCGGGAUUUUAAGGACAAGGCGAUUGCAGGCGUCCAGGGUAUCUAUCAUUCAAGCCAAAACGCCGUGGCGAUGCAAGCCUCAACACGUACUAGAACUACCUAUACACAAAUUCUGUCG